GUAUUUUUUUUUUUUUUUUUUUUUUUUUUUUGUAGCGACAAUGGGUCAUAGAGACCCAUCGAGUCAUUCUUAUUUUAGUUAAAGAAAGAACAGAAAUGAUGAAGUUAUGAGGGGGAGACCAUAAAUAGAUUGGUGUAUAAAGUAAGAUUUAAAAAAUAAUUUUAAGUUGUUUUUUGGCUUUCUAUCUAGUUAAAAAAAUUCUCAGAUUUUGAGUUAUGACAUCUCCAAGCAACAAAGAGAGGGAGGAGUUACAACCAUCUACAAUAUAUACAGGUAGUGUAUUGCUGGCAAUGGCAUUUGAAUGAGAGGUAGAGAGUAAACUAGAAACAAUUGCAACUGAAAAAAUAACAACAAUCUUGUACUAUAUAACAUAUACCAAGCAGCACAAGAAUCUUCAAAUUAAAAACAAAGAAAUUAAUCACCAUGACAUUGCCUAAUCUACGAGCUCUUUUGGGUUCCUUGGCUGUCUUUCUUUUUGUGCUAGCUGACCAUCUCCAUGUGGUUGCUGCCAACCGCGGCCGGUUUGGAGUUCACCACCCCAUAAAGCACCAUAAGCCAAGGUUCACUGCUGGCCCUUGGAAGCAAGCUCAUGCCACAUUCUACGAAGGCGGCUCGGGAACGUUUGGCGGAGCUUGUGGUUACCACGACGUGGUUCAAGAAGGCUAUGGCCUCGAGACAGUGGCUCUGAGCAAUGCUUUGUUCAGCAAUGGGCAGUCAUGUGGUGCAUGCUAUGAAAUCAAGUGUGUGGAUGAGCCCCAAUGGUGCAAGCCAGGGAACCCUAUUCUCACUGUUACUGCAACCAACAAUUGCCCACCAAAUUGGAAUCAGGCUAGUGACAAUGGAGGAUGGUGCAAUCCGCCACGCGAGCAUUUCGAUAUAGCCAAGCCUGUGUUCAUCAACAUUGCUGAGUACAAGGCGGGCAUUAUUCCAGUCACGUACCGCAGGGUUCCAUGUCAGAAGAAAGGAGGCAUGCGAUUCACAAUAACUGGGAACCCUUAUUUCAAUGAAGUGUUGGUAUGGAACGUGGGAGGAGCUGGGGACAUCAUCAGCGUGCAGGUGAAGGGCUCCGACAAGCUCAAAUGGACAGCAAUGAGUCGGAUGUGGGGUCAGCGGUGGGUUACUGGUGCCAAGAUGGUCGGUGAGUCACUAACCUUCCGAGUUGAAGCAAGUGAUAGAAGACACUCAACUUCGUGGCAUGUUGCCCCAAAGACUUGGCAGUUUGGCCAGACUUUUGAAGGGAAGAACUUCCGAUAG